AUGGAUUUACAGACACAAACCGCGAGAGAACAACGCAGAAGGCUACACCAUGAGGCAGAUGUCGUAGUCGUCGGUGCCGGGAUAUUUGGUUGCGCUGUUGCAUUCGCGCUCGCGAAGCAGGGCAGGAGUGUUAUAUUGCUUGAGAAAUCGCUGAAGGAACCCAAUCGUAUUGUUGGGGAGCUACUGCAACCUGGAGGCGUAUCUGCUUUGGAAAAGCUAGGACUGUCAGAUUGUUUGGAAGGCAUUGAUUCGAUACCGGUGGAGGGUUACCAGAUCGUAUAUUAUGGCGAUAGUGUCAAUAUUCCAUAUCCACCAGGCGCCGGUGCUACUCUUGAUGGAGGCAUAGAAGGGUCGAGGAACGAAAAGUCAGAACGACCAAAGGGCAGGAGUUUUCAUCAUGGAAGAUUCAUUGGUCAAUUGCGAAGGGCUUGCGCAAAACAACCAAACAUCACCAUUGUCGAGACCGAAGCUACAGAGACUAUAACGAGCACGAAGAGUCCACAGAUCCUCGGAGUAAAAUCUUUGACGAAGAACCCCGAAACAGGCGAGAAACAGGACGACUUUUACUUUGGCCAACUCACUAUCGUCGCGGAUGGCUAUGCUUCUAAAUUCAGAAAACAAUAUAUUGGGAAGGACGUAGUGGUAAAGAGCAAGUUUUACGCCCUCGAACUGAUCGACUGUCCGAUGCCAGCACCGAACCACGGAAUCGUUAUUCUAGGAGACGCGUCUCCAGUACUUCUCUACCAAAUCGGCACACACGAAACCCGAGCAUUAAUCGACGUACCAGAAAACACGCCAACAGCCGCCGCAGCAGUCGGUGGCGUGCGAGCACACCUACGCAAUGUAAUUCUUCCUUCCCUCCCUAAAAUCGUACAACCCUGCUUCGAAGCUGCUCUCGCCGAUGGAAAGAUCCCUCCAAGCAUGCCAAACAGCUGGCUACCACCAAGCACUCAAACACAACAAGGCCUCGUAAUUCUAGGCGACGCUAUGAAUAUGCGCCAUCCCCUCACUGGUGGCGGUAUGACCGUUGCAUUCAACGAUGUAGUACUCCUCUCCACUCUACUCUCCCCAGAACGAAUCCCAAAUCUCGGCGACACCGCCAAGAUCACGUCCGCCAUGAAGGAAUUCCACUGGAAACGGAAAGGUUUAUCCUCCAUCAUCAACAUCCUCGCACAAGCCCUCUACGCUCUUUUCGCUGCAAACGACAAACAACUCAAAGCGUUGCAAAAGGGUUGUUUUGCGUAUUUCCAACGCGGUGGGAAUUGUAUUGAUGGUCCGGUUGGUCUGCUGGCUGGGAUCAUCAGACAGCCUUUCGUGCUGUUUUACCACUUCUUUGCCGUUGCGCUGCUGAGUAUUUGGAUCGUUAUGCAGAAUACCAUGGGUUCGAUACUUGGGAUCUGGAAGUUCCCGCUUGCGGUGGAGCAGAGUGCCCUCAUCUUCUGGAAAGCUUGCGUGGUUAUCUUUCCGUUCAUCUUUAGUGAGUUGAGGACUUAA